AUAGAAACUGCCACAUAGCCAUAGGCAACAAGUGUAGAGUUGAAAACCGUUUAUCCGUUUAGGUUUACAAUUCACAAAAUCCACCGACCCGACCCGCGUAAGCAUACUAGUAGUAUAUAGCAUAACAGCACACACUUUCUUCGUUGCGAGUUCUGAACUGAAUUCAGCAUCGCGCCGCCGAAUCGGAAAAAAUGGGUGGAUUCAUGUUAGGUUCAAAGAAAAAGAAAAACAAUAAGGGUCAAGGCGGUUUUGAAACACUAGGUCUAAAUCCAAAUGUUUUCAGAGGAAUCAGAAAUAAAGGUUACAAAGUUCCGACUCCAAUUCAGAGGAAGACAAUGCCUCUCAUUCUUUCCGGCGUAGAUGUCGUUGCUAUGGCUCGUACUGGCUCUGGCAAAACGGCGGCGUUUCUUGUUCCCAUGCUUCACCGACUUAACCAGCAUAUUCCUCAGGGUGGCGUUAGAGGACUCAUUUUGUCUCCGACUAGGGAUUUGGCACUUCAAACUCUUAAGUUCACUCAAGAGCUUGGUCGCUACACAGAUCUUCAUGUUAGUUUGUUAGUUGGGGGUGAUAGUAUGGAAAGUCAAUUUGAGGAGUUAGCUCAGAGUCCAGACAUUAUAAUUGCCACUCCCGGUAGGCUCAUGCACCAUUUGUCUGAGGUUGAUGACAUGUCAUUGCGUAAGGUGGAGUAUGUUGUUUUUGAUGAGGCUGAUUGUUUAUUCGGGAUGGGUUUUGCUGAUCAGCUACAUCAAAUUCUUGCUCAGCUUGGUGAGAACCGUCAGACUUUGCUUUUCAGUGCCACAUUACCCAGCGCUCUUGCAGAAUUUGCUAAGGCCGGUCUGCGAGACCCUCGCCUUGUUCGCCUCGAUUUGGAAACUAAAAUUAGCCCUGACUUGAAGCUUGUCUUUUUCACUUUGAGGCAGGAAGAGAAGUAUGCUGCUUUGCUCUAUUUAAUUAGGGAACUUAUCGGUUCUGAUGAGCAGACUUUAAUUUUUGUAUCCACUAAACAUCAUGUUGAGUUUCUCAACUCGUUGUUUCGGCAAGAGGGAAUUGAGCCUUCUGUAUGUUAUGGAGACAUGGAUCAAGAUGCACGCAAAAUCAAUGUGAACAGGUUUAGGUCUAGAAGGACAAUGUUGUUGAUUGUCACCGACAUUGCUGCUCGGGGCAUUGACAUUCCAUUGCUUGAUAAUGUUAUCAAUUGGGACUUCCCUUCCAAGCCUAAAAUAUUUGUUCAUCGAGUUGGAAGAGUUGCAAGGGCGGGUCGUACUGGUACUGCUUAUUCUUUCUUGACUACCGAGGAUAUGGCUUACCUCUUGGAUCUUCAUUUGUUUCUCUCAAAACCAAUCAAAGCUGCUCCCACUGAAGAAGAAGUCUUGCAGGAUAUGGAUGGAGUAAUGUCAAGGAUUGACCAGGCAAUGGCAAACAGAGAAACCAUUUAUGGCCGUUUUCCACAAAAAGUCAUUGACCUUGUUUCUGACAGAGUUAGGGAAGUUAUUGAUACUUCUGCAGAGCUGGAAGCGUUGCAGAGAGCCUGUAAAAAUGCAUUCCGUUUAUAUUCUAAAACAAAACCCUUACCCUCAAAGGAGUCCAUAAGAAGAGUAAAGGAUUUGCCAAAAGAAGGUCUGCAUCCUAUUUUCAAUAAAAUGUUGGGAACAGGGGAGUUAACGGCAAUUGCAUUUUCCGAGCAUCUGAAAAAGUUUAGGCCAAAGCAGACAAUUUUGGAAGCAGAAGGAGAAGCAGCUAAAUCAAAGGGUGGUCAGAGGGUUGAUGUGAUGAAAAGAAAAAGAGCCGUUCAUGACAGCACUAUAAAUUUGGUUCAUGAACACCAAUCUAAGACUAAGAGUAACAAUGAAAAGGACGAAAAUCAUUUGGAAAUUUCUUCUUCCGUGGAGAAAGGGAGAAAAGCACGCGGUUCUAAGAGAAAGUCAGAAAGCUUCAAGGACGAGGAUUUCUAUAUAAGUUCUAUACCUAAAAAUCAUCACAUGGAAGCAGGCCUUGCAGUAAAAGCUAAAGAAGGCUUUAAUUCAAACAGAUUGGAUGAUGCUGUCCUAGACCUAGUUGCAGAUGAUGGUGCUGGCAUUAAGAAACAAAAAUCUGUAUAUCACUGGGAUAAGAGGAGUAAAAAGUACAUCAAGUUAAACAAUGGUGACCGUGUUGCUGCAAAUGGAAAGAUAAAGACAGAGAGUGGUGCGAAAACAAAAACCAACAAGACUGGUAUAUAUAAAAAGUGGAAGGAACGCUCACACUCUAAGAUAUCUCUUAAAGGGACAAGUGCUGAUGGUGAUGCUCAGGAAUCAACAAGUUCUAGAGGAUCUUACCGAGCAGGUGGUAGGAAUUUCAGAGGUGGCAAGAAGCAGCAUUCAAUGCCCAAUGCUCAUGUGCGUUCAGAAAUCAAAGAUAUGGAUCAAAUUCGAAAGGAGAGACAGAAAAAAGCCAACAAAAUUUCUCAUAUGAAGAACAAGUCAGCAAAGGGUAAAAAAUCUGGCAGAAAGGAAAAUAAUAAUAAUAAAAGAAAAUUUAAGUAGACAUUGUUUUAGGCUUCAGAAGUUAAUUAAUCAAGGAAAGGUAAAACUGAUUUCUUUGAAAAUUCCAGUAUAACUGUAUCUUUAAACGAAUGAGGGGCAUAGUAAAGUAAGAAACCCAAGUGACUGGAAAUCACCGUUAUUUUUUAUUUACCAACCAAUUUUGUAUGUUCAAACUUCAUAGUAAUAUAACACUAUUUGUUGCUUUA